AUGGUUGGCCUGGAAAGUAUGAAUGUCGAUCUUGAAGGAAGGAAAAGCUUUGCAGAGACCUAUCCUCACAGAAGACUGAAUCAUAGCCUGUUUGGUGAAAGGACUGUAACGAUUGGAGUAUAUUCAAGAAAGACAAGAGAUCACCAAUUUGGUGAACACAAGACUAGCUCCACGUUUAGUGACACCCCUUUGAUUCUGAACAAAGUCAUUGACAUAUCUGCUCCUUCUGGUACACUCUGUCCUUACACUGUGGAUACUGCUCCAAGCACUAACACUGAUACCAGUCCUCUGGACACUUACUCUCUGAAUACUGUCUUAAACGCUUGCACUACUGACAGCACUCCAAGAAACAUGGCUGACAAUAUUCCAGACACUAACACUACUGACAGAAACAUGAGUUCUUCUGGUCGCGCCCCAAGUAUUCCUACUUUAAAUGCUGGUUUUUACACUGACAUCAAUAGCAAAAUCAUAGGCCCUUCCAUAAGUACUUACAAUGUAGUCACCACUGAUGAAACUCACGAACCACCAGAUACUAAGAGUAUUCCGAGCUAUACUUCUGAGAGUGCUUGCAAUGCUCUCAUCACUGAAAAUGCUCAGACCUGCUCCUCAAUUAAAGAUGGUCUCAGACCAUCUGGUGCAGCAACCACUUCUGAAGAAAAUCGUGGAGAGACAGAGACUAACAUGGGAGCUGGAGUCAAUAAGCAGAUAUCAGGUGAAAAGCAAAAGAAGAGACAGUCAUCAAAUGCAUCACUGAGAGGACACAAUACAAAAUAUGGAACAAAGCCAUGUUGUUUAAACAUUGAAAGACCCGUGGUUUCUAAUAUUCAAACACGAUCGGCUACAGUUUCAUGGACUCUGAACAAUACUGAAAAAUAUGAUAUUAAUCUUCCUAUGACAUUUGAAUUGGCACUGUCCAGCAGUGGUAAAAACAGAAUCUAUAAACACAUUUAUACUGGUGAUGGCGUUACUGUGGUCCUACAUGAUCUACAGCCUUGCACGGUCUACUUCUUAAGAGUUGCAAUCAUAAGAGAUGGAGAACACAGAAAUGUGUCUGAAGUGGUUAGCUUCACAACACCAGGCUGUGAACCAGACCCUCCUCUUGCACCCACACUGAUUAGCAGAACCAAGAACAGCCUGAACUUACAAUGGAAAGGUUGCAAUGAUAAUGGAUCCAAAAUAAGCCGCUUUCUAUUGGAAUGGGAUGAGGGCAUAGGUGAAGACUUCAAAAGCUGUUACACUGGGCCCAGGAAACAGCACAAGCUCUUUAAACUGAGUCCUUUGACAAAGUAUUCCUUCAGAUUGGCUGCCAAAAAUCACUUCGGCUGCAGUAAUUUCAGUGAAACAGCAGUCUUCUAUACGUCGGGAAACACGCCUUCAGCACCUCUGCCACCUAAGUUGAAAGAGGCAGGAGUCUACAGUUUGUCUCUAGAAUGGUGUGCCCCAACAAACCCAAACCCUAAUGAUACCCUUACUUAUGUGCUAGAGAUGGAGGAAGCAAAGUCUGGAUUAGGUUUUAAACCUAAAUACAAUGGAGAGGACCUCUCUUGCACCGUGAAAAAUCUUCAGAGAAAUACUACAUACAAGUUUCGGAUUUUUGCCUACAAUCUGGAAGGAAGGAGCAACCCCAGUAGAGAAGUAAAAUAUACUACCCGUCCAGCUAGGCCUGGAUGCCCUAAUAAACCACACGUAGUGGGAACGAUCCAUGCCCGCCAAGUGACAAUUGGAUGGGAUUUACCAAAAGAUAAUGGUGAAAUGAAAAUUUCAAGUUACAGUUUAGAAGUUUGUGAAAAUUCAGAUGCUGGGAAUCUCUGGAAAAUAAUCUACAGUGGCACACUGCAGGAAUUCCUGUACGAUGACCUCCAACCAGGCACCACUUAUAAACUUAGGGUCUUUUGCACUUCACCUGCGGGCCAAAGCCGUCCUUCAGAUGUAUUGACAAUUCAGACACCUGCUCUUCCUCCUGAGUCUUGCAGUUCGCAGCCCUUACAUAGUAAAAGCAAGGGAAGGGAUGCCAACCUUCUUGACAAUCGUUCUGUUAAUGGGAAGUCUGAAGCACCUGUGCGAGGCAAAAAAGCAAAAGGUACUCAUCAUGACAAAAAGGAGUGCCCCAGCUCUGAAAAGACAUGUGCAGUAAGCAGUCAGAGUAUAGUUUUCCAAAAAUAUCCACAUCAACACCCUCAACUUUCUUUCCCUGGUGUGCUCACUUCUCAUUCCUAAAAAUGCAGCUUGCGAGUCUCACCUUUUAUUCCUGCAGCAUAGAAACAAAAGGUUAGAAUAUGAGUCUAAGACUCAUGGUUUCCCUAUGCCACAAAAUGGUCCAUGCACAGAAAAUGGUUGAAGUGAAUUGCUAACAAAGCAUGUGUUUUUCAGGCUGUAAAUAUAGUUGGGGUUGGAAUGUUUGGAGGAACUGCAAAAGUGACAACACCUGGAACGGUACCAGCAAUGGUUCCAAUGUUACAAGAAGUUGAAAACAAAGUGCCUGCCAAGCAGUCAUCAACUUGCAUAGCUAUCCGGUGGGAGGAGCCAGACUGCCAUGGCUCUCAGAUCACUGGAUAUAACAUUGAAUAUGGAGAUAAAAAAAUCGUGACUGUCAAAAGGGUAACCGAGUAUGUUCUGAAAAAUCUACAACCUAAUACUACAUACCGAAUCAGAAUUCAAGCUAUCAAUCAUUAUGGACUAAGCCCUUUUAGCCCAUCAAUAAGAUGCAAAACCAAACCACUGCCACCAGAGCCUCCACAGCUUAAUUGUGUGGUCUACGGACACCAGAGUCUCAGACUCAAAUGGGGCACAGUCUCCAGCAAAAAGUCACGUGCGAUCUUUAUCAGCUACAACUUACUAAUGGAAGACCGAUCUGGCAGGUUUUCUGUCAUUUACCGUGGGACAGAUGUGACUCACAAAGUGCAAAAACUGACUGAAUAUACACAAUACAAGUUUAAAAUCCAGGCGUGUAAUGAAGCCGGGGAAGGACCAGAGUCUGACAUCUACACUUUCACUACAACCAAGUCCCCACCAACUGCACUUAAAGCCCUGGUAGUGGUGGGGCAUGCCGUUAAUCCCAUCACUCUGGGAGCCAGUCUCAUCUACAGAAUUUACAAAGGACCGAACACUUCCUUUUCCUUUUCAAACUAUGAUGCAAAUUCACGCUACCGCUUCAAGGUCUGUGCAGGACGCCAAUAUGAAACCUCCAAUGGUCUCCAAGAGCUGUGGGGGCCAUAUAGCCCCAGUGCUCUGUUCUCGACCUAUAAGCAUCACUCAGGGCAUGGCAAAGGCAGUGGGGGUAAAGGAAAAGGCAACCACAGUGAGAAAGGGGAAAAGUGCAAGCUAUCUGAGUGUGAGGAUGCAAGCCGAGGGUGCUGGCUGUCCCAUAUCACAGGCAUGGCGGGUGGCAGCCCAGACUGA